CCGGUGUCUUGUGCGGAAUGGUUAUUCCCAACAAUGCCAAUAUGAUCAUCAACAUGUGUACCAACACCAACGAGAAGCCGCACAGGUGCGCCCAAUGCAUGAUGCUCUUCCAAUGGAAAAGCGACCUGAAGAUCCACAUGAGGACUCACUCCGGGGAGAAGCCCUACAAGUGUGACCAUUGCAUGAAGCGCUUCAGUCACAAAGGCAACCUGAAUAAACACGUAAUGACUCACUCUGGGGAGAAGCCCUACAAGUGUGACCAAUGCACGAAGGGCUUCAGUCUGAAAAGCAGCCUGAAGAUCCACAUGAGGACUCACUCCGGGGAGAGGCCCUACAGGUGUGACCAAUGCUCGAAGUGCUUCCGUCACAAAAGCCACCUGAAAUUCCACCUGAUGACUCACUCCGGUGAGAAGCCCUACAAGUGUGACCAAUGCACAACGCGCUUCAGUCUAACAAGCGGCCUGAAGAUCCACAUUUGGACUCACUCCGGGGAGAAGCCCUACAGGUGUGACCAAUGCUCGAAGUUCUUCCGUCGGACAUGCCACCUGAAAUUCCACAUGAGGACUCACACCGGCGAGAAGCCAUACAGGUGUGACCAAUGCAUGAAGCGCUUCAGUCAGAAAGGCCAGCUUGAUAUCCACAUGAGGACUCACUCCGAGGAGAAGCCCUACAAGUGUGACCAAUGCACGAAGGGCUUCAGUCUGAAAGACCACCUGAAGUGCCACAUGAGGACUCACUCUGGGGAGAAGCCCUACAAGUGUGACCAAUGCACGAUGUGCUUCAGUCAGAAAGGCACCCUGAAGAUCCACAUGAGGACUCACUCCGAGGAGAAGCCCUACAAGUGUGAACAAUGCACGAAGUGCUUCAGUCAGAAAGGCCCCCUGAAGAUCCACAUGAGGACUCACUCCGAGGAGAAGCCCUACAAGUGUGACCAAUGCACGAAUUGCUUCAGUCAGAAAGGCCAACUGAAGAUCCACAUGAGGAAUCACUCCGAUGUGGUGCCAGCACGCUCCUACGAACAUGGGGCUAAGUCAAAAAUAAAUAUUAAAAUAAUAUUCAAUGUGCAAAUAAAAAGAAAACCAAUAAUACGACUGGGAGGGAGACCGCUCCACUGCCCUUCACCACUUCGGAGGAGCUGGCUCUCGCCAAUAACGAAGGUCGGCCGAUGAUGGUAGGAGUGGAAGGGGGGGGGGUGUCCUCUGACCCCACUGCCUCGACUUCCAAGGCCUUUGUAAUGAGUAUGUAUUCAUGUAUUGGCAAUGGACAUCAAUAAUUGUCUUGCUAAUCAAAUGUGAAAUGAUUGAGUGUAAAUUAAUUGUCAUUUUUAGUUGAAGGUACAAACAUUAUUUUGGAGGAGCUGCCGACAAUCAAUCUCCAAUCUGAGGUAUAUAACUAUCAAAGCAAAGUGUCACGUACUCUUCUAAAUGUUUAAUUUCUGGACAGAAUGUCCUAUAAUAGGUUUCCCUGAUUCUUGCAGGAGACGGUCGCCCUGUGACUCCAGGGCGACUAUGGAGGUGAUUUUUCUGAACAGUUCUCACAGCUAUAGU